UAGCUAGAACGAAGCAUGGCUGAGAGUGCGAAUGAAACACCGCAACCGAAGCGUCGCUUAGGAUUAAGACUGCGCAAGGGAGUUAGCACUACACCAGGCCAAAGACGGCAGCCAUUGCAACAGACGCCAAUCGCAGUGAAAAGUGUGGAGACUCCACGCGCACUGGAAACUCCACUUAAUGUAAGAAAAGCAAACUCGACAAGUUGCCGACGCCUGGGCUUAUCACAUAAGCGGAAGGAUCUAAGCAAGAAGAAAUUGGAAUUUGCAGACACAGCAAUCGAGCACGAACUUACGAAAGCCGCUCAAAAGACGCCGGCAGAAACGCCAAUCAACAAUUGGAGACAAAGCAAAAUAAUUGAACUCGAGGCAGACAUCGAAGUUUGGAGAAAUGGUUUUAUGGCGGCUACGAAGGACUUGCAGGACUUGUUUGAACCACGAGCCACAAAGGAGACGCUGCUAAGACAGCUGGGCAUACCGUUGGAAAUGCUACAAUACUUGGAUGAAGACUGAAAACUACUGAAAUUAAUAUGUAUAUGUAUAUAGAUAUAGAUAUAUAG